UUUCACAUGACAUUGACGCUCUGGAAAUGUUGAGUAGCUGCUGAUCUCAGACUGUCGAUGUUCGGUGGAUCCAGCACCACUCGCCCGUGGACAGCUCCCUCAGGACCGCUUUACAUGGACACAACACUCAUUUAUGUGCCAAGUCAUUUUGGAAGUUUACUACUCGGAGAGGAAUCUACGGAUACCUCACUGCACGAAACACGGACACAUUUCAUUUAGGAGAGAAUCCAAAUUCACUAUUAACUGACGCGCUGUCUCGGGUUCGAGCGGGUGUUUGUGUGGAGCUGUGCUGCUGUCUGCGCGGACUGGUGCUGAAAUCAUGGCGACAAACAACACCAAAAGCACCGAUGGACAAGUUGUGACAGAACUCAACGAGAUCCCAACUAACGACAAGCCCAAAGCAGAGGACGACAAACCCGAGAAAAAGAAGAAAGACAUUCCAGCUAGAGAAACUUGGGGCGGGAAGUUUGAUUUUCUGCUGUCAUGUGUGGGCUACGCCAUCGGACUGGGCAACGUGUGGAGAUUUCCGUAUCUGUGCGGGAAAAACGGCGGCGGGGCUUUCUUGAUCCCUUAUUUUUUGACGCUCUUUUUUGCGGGAGUUCCACUGUUUUUUCUUGAAUGCGCUCUUGGACAAUAUACAUCCAUUGGCGGCCUUGGGGUUUGGAAACUGGCUCCUAUGUUCAAAGGUGUUGGUCUUGCUGCUGCUGUUCUAUCAUUCUGGCUGAACAUUUACUACAUUGUCAUCAUUUCCUGGGCCCUGUACUACCUAUACAACUCGUUUACCACUGAACUGCCAUGGAAAUCAUGUAACAAUCCAUGGAAUACAGACAGAUGCUAUACAAACUACAGCAUAAUAGACACCACCAAUCUUACUAGUGCUGUCAUGGAGUUUUGGGAACGCAAUAUGCAUCAAAUGACCGAUGGCUUAGAAAAACCUGGUGAGAUUCGCGUUCCACUUGCAAUAACACUGGCCAUUGCUUGGGUCCUCGUCUACUUUUGCAUCUGGAAAGGUGUGAGCUGGACUGGAAAGGUCGUGUACUUCUCGGCCACAUACCCAUACUUUAUGUUGUUCAUUCUGUUCAUUCGUGGAGUGACACUGCCCGGGGCAAAGGAAGGAAUCUUGUUCUACAUCACUCCUGAUUUCGAGAAGCUGAAACAAUCUGAGGUUUGGCUGGAUGCAGCAACGCAGAUCUUCUUCUCAUAUGGUUUGGGUCUGGGCUCUCUUAUUGCUCUAGGCAGCUACAACCCUUUCCAUAACAAUGUGUACAGGGACUCUGUCAUUGUGUGCUGUAUAAAUUCCUUCACUAGUAUGUUUGCUGGAUUUGUGAUAUUCUCUAUUGUGGGAUUCAUGUCACACGUGACAAAGAGACCAAUCGCUGAUGUAGCUGCAUCAGGUCCUGGUUUGGCGUUCUUAGCUUAUCCAGAGGCUGUGACGCAGUUACCCGUCUCACCACUGUGGGCUAUUCUGUUCUUCUCCAUGCUGCUGAUGCUGGGAAUCGACAGCCAGUUCUGUACAGUGGAGGGCUUCAUCACUGCUCUGGUGGACGAGUUCCCACAGAUCCUCAGGAAGAGGAGAGAGAUUUUCAUCGCAUGUGUUUGUGUUGUGUCCUACGCCAUCGGUCUGUCCAAUAUCACACAGGGCGGCCUCUACGUGUUCAAACUCUUUGAUUAUUACUCGGCCAGCGGAAUGUGUCUGCUCUUUCUGGUUUUCUUUGAGUGUAUCUCAAUCUCCUGGUGCUACGGUGUGAACAAGUUCUAUGAUAACAUCCAGGAAAUGAUUGGGUACAAGCCUUGUCUAUGGUGGAAAUUGUGCUGGGUUUUCUUCACCCCUCUGGUUGUUGCUGGUGUGUUCCUCUUCAGUGCAGUGCAAAUGGUUCCUCUUACAAUGAACAACUACGUGUUCCCUGCAUGGGGUCAGGGGGUGGGCUGGCUCAUGGCCCUGUCCUCUAUGGUCCUCAUUCCCGGCUAUAUGGUCUACAUGUUCCUCACCCUGAAGGGCACUUAUAAGGAGCGCAUCAGGAUAAUGCUGCAGCCUCCUGCAGUGAGACGUGCUCAGGAGAAUGGGCCAGAGCAACAGCAACAGCAGCUGCAGUCACAGCCACAACAACCAGAGCAAUCACUGCAGCAGCAGCAAUCAUCCCAACAACCGCAGCCACCAGACCAAGCACCACAGCAACCGCAAUCACCACAGCAACCGCAACAGCCGCAGCAGCAAUCACCACAGCAACCGCAACAGCCGCAGCAGCAAUCGCCACAGCAGCCGGAACAAACGCAGCAACCACAACAGCCGCUGCAACCGCAGAUGCCAUCUCAGCCACAGGCACAGGCUGAUCAUUCUUCUCCACCUUACCCUGGCAGUGAUGCCAACGUGUAAAAGCAGUGUAGGUGAACCUCAGCAGAGAGCAAUCAAAGAUUAACAACACAGAGGACUUCCAUGUUUAUACAGUAAUAGAAUCAUCUACCUCCAGGGGUCAUACAUAAUAAUCAACAAUAAUUAAAAAAAAAGUGAAAAAAAAAAAAACACAAAAAAAUUUUGCAUUUGGAAAACUUACACCUAAAUCUGUAAACUUCCCAAAUGCAAAGCAAAGAGUGUCCAUGUUAAAAAUGACUUAUAUACUAUGUAUUAUGUGAAUCUGUCUCUACUAAGGUUAUACUGUGAGUUAGAUUUAAGGACAGUGCACUGCUUCUCAAUGCAUAAGCUAUAUCUGUGAGAUGUGAUAGACUGUUUCCAUGUUGCGUUGGGGACUAAAGCUCAGAGGGCACACAAGCAUCAAAGAGAAAAAGGGCGAGAUUACGUUACAUUCUGGGUCAUUUGGAAGAACCAAGAUGUAUCAAGCAAGCCCUGUGCCUGAAGCACAACAAAUUUUCAAUGCCCUUGGGUGACCCAUGUGUUGUUUUAUAUUUUUGUUGAGAGAGACUGUUCCUAUUUUUUUUUUUCUGAGAGAAAAAAAGAGAAAAAAUGUGUCUGUGACUGAAACAUUUUUAGAAUUAUUUUUAGAGUUCUUUGUACUUCAAUGUUGUGACCAAGGACCAAAAUCAUAGACUAAAGCAAAAACUAAUCUAUGCCAGGCAGAGUGUAGUUUGUAAAGCACAGGGUACAAAAAAUACAAGAAAAUAGGAAAAAGCAAAACACAGGGUGAACCUUUUUGCUGUCAAGUACAGACUUUUGACGAGUACUGUCAAUUCAGAGUCCUGUUUACAUGCCCCCUCAGGAAUAUAAUAAAGAAUCAAAUCUCAGAUAUGUAUCUGACCCAUAGUGCAUAUCCUUAAGCCUGUGAUACACUGAUCAAUGUUCAGCUGUAUUUGAAUGACCAUCAGUUAAUUCAUGUGCCAAAUGUUGAAUCAGUGCAGUACUUAGAAGGAGAAAACAAAAUAGCUGUUACUAGCUACUUAAUAGUUUACACUACUAGAUUGUGCCAUACUUUCUUGGAAAAGUAUAUAUUACAUUCUCUUGAUAUUUUAAAAAAAAUAAGUAGCACAUACAAAAAAAUAUUUAGGGAUUUUGCCCCCCAUAACAAAACAAAAGCACAAGACUGCUCUGGUUGGGCAAUGGUGUGGCGACAGUUUGCAUCAAAGGCAGCUACAUGUGAAAAAGCAUUUGGUCAUCUUAAACAUGUUUACUAAAGGGAGAUAAGUACCUACAUAAAAUGUGAAAUUGCUAUGCCCUGUGAAUUUUGUACAAAAUUACUUUACUGCAGUUUUAUCUGGAACAUUAUUGUAAAAUUGUAUUGUGUAAAACAUGUAACCGUGAAUGUCGGUAUUCCAUUAAUAGGUUCUUGUCUAAAUGUCAAAAUAUUUGAAAAACAAUUGCUGUUUUCUGCAAUAAUAUUUUGUUCUCUGAAACCGAAGCACAUAUCUUAUGGAAAUAAUGAGAAGUGAGUGAUGAUGAUGAUGAUGAUGAUGAUUAUAAAAAGUAUUAUAAAACAAAUAGAAUUUAUGUCUCGUAAGAAAAAAUAUUGUUUUGUAUAUUUUUAACUGUUACACUGCUGAAAACAAAUUAUACAUAGGACAUGUAUUUAAAUGGUGUAAUAUCAAAAAAGCACGAUUGUUAUGUAAAAUGUAUGAAUAAACAGAAAUAU